GAAACAGUAGGCCCUUUAAUGUGUACUCCUAUAUCCUUCCAAGAGGAAAAUAUGGAUCCUGAUUUUGUACUAUUAAAUAACCAAAUGUGGUGGUGGAUAUGGGAUUUUAAAGUUAAUAGAUGUGGAUUACAUUUUCAACUCUACGUGUACAUUUUCAUGAGUUGAAGACAACUGUGCACCGACUUAUUCCCACAUAUCCAUCUCUGGCUAAAUGGAUACCUUUCUGUUCACAGUUGUUUUCACUGCUUUUUUGCAAAGCAUAGUCGAGAUUGAAAAUGUACACACAUAGUUGAUAAUGUACACGUGUAGUUGAAAAAUGUACACGUGUACAUUUUCAUGAGUUGAAGACAACUUUGCACCAGCACCGACUUAUCCCCGCAUAUCCGUCUCUAGCUAAAUAAAUCGAUACCUUUCUGUUCACAGUUGUUUUCAUAGCUUUUUUGCAAAGCACCGUUGAAAUUAUAAUUAGUACACACGUAGUUGAAAAUGUACACGUGUAGUUGAAAAAUGUACACGCGUACAUUUUCAUCCGUUGAAGACAACUGUGCAUCCCCACAUAUUCGUCUCUAGCUAAAUGGAUACCUUUCUGUUCACAGUUGUUUUCACUGUUUUCUUCCAAAAGCAUUGUCGAGAUUAACAUACUUGGAGAGGAACUUCAAAGAUGAGUCCUGGUUGAUUUUUGUUUUGCACCCUUCUCUGCAAAAAACAACUUAAUCUUAAUGUAGAACAACUAUUGUCCAACAUUUUAGCACGAAAUGGAUUGUUAUACUAGAGCAGAAUAAGGUAGGAAGGCACGGUAGACUCAACUAAUUGUGAGUCAAAAUGUCCUGUUUCGUAGUGUAAAUGCAGUGUGGUUCAGGAGAUGAGAUUGCAGGAAGCCCGUACUUAAUGGAAUCCAUUCCCAGCAGCAAUGAUAAGAAAACUUUGAAGAGGUGGUUUUUCAUUGACAAAAGGGUUGGUUAAAGAUUCGCUACUCCCAAACAUCCACUAGUAUAAAGUGUCAACUGCAUAGCUAUCAAUUGUGUAGUCAAAAUCUGUCAAAUCCAUAGUCUUGCAAUGGACUUGAAUUCGACCCAAGCUUCUCCAGUUCUUACUGAUCCUUCACCAUUGAACAAGUCCAGAUUGGGAAUCCAUUCUAGUUUAUUUCCUUAUUCACAAUCUGGGCCUUCAUUCUCCACUAGUGUGCUAUCAAUUCCUAGAAAGAAGUCAGCGAAGCUUGAUGAUGUUCGAUCCAAUGGUUGGCUUGACGCAAUGAAGUCGUCUUCACCUCCUAGGAAGAAGAUUCUGAAGGAAGUAAACAUUGAUGUUUCUUCCGAUGAUGCUGAUGUUACUUACCUUUCUUGGAUGAUAAAGUAUCCAUCAGCUCUCAACUGCUUUCAGCAAAUUAUGAGGCAAGCAAGGAAUAAACAGAUAGUGAUUUUCUUAGAUUACGAUGGGACUCUUUCUCCUAUCGUUGAUGACCCUGACCGUGCUUUUAUGUCCAAUGAGAUGCGCUCUGCUGUCCGUAAUGUUGCAAAGUAUUUCCCAACAGCAAUCAUCAGUGGGAGAAGACGUGAUAAGGUUUAUGAGCUGGUAGGUCUAACAGAACUCUAUUAUGCCGGUAGCCACGGUAUGGACAUCAUGCUGCCAGUAGAAAAUACGUUGUCUGCUAACGAUUCAAAUUGUAUCAAAGAUACUGACCAGCAGGGCAAGGAAGUCAAUCUGUUCCAGCCUGCUCGUAAAUUUUUAUCAAUGAUUGAUGAGGUUUUUAGAACCCUUGUCGAGAAAACUAAAGACAUUAAGGGUGCAAAAGUUGAGAACCAUAAGUUUUGCGCUUCUGUACAUUACCGUAAUGUAGAUGAGAAUAAUUGGCCUGUCAUUGCACAAUAUGUCCAUGAUGUCUUGAAAACCUACCCUCGGCUACGGCUAACUCAUGGGCGAAAGGUUUUAGAGGUCCGUCCUGAUAUUGACUGGGACAAAGGAAAAGCAGUUGAAUUUCUUCUGGAAUCACUAGGUUUUAGCAACCACAAAGACGUGCUCCCGAUAUAUAUUGGAGAUGAUAGAACAGACGAAGACGCAUUCAAGGUAUUGAGGGGGAAAUAUAAAGGUUAUGGAAUUCUUGUUUCAACUAUCCCAAAAGAGAGCAAAGCUUUCUUCUCUCUCAAAGAUACUUCACAGGUGAAAAAGUUCUUAGAAUCUCUUGCGAAAACGAUGGAAGUUGAAGAUGAUAUAUAAAAAGCAUGAGGGGAGCUAAAGGGAAAUAGUGUUAGAUUUUAUAGAAAAUGGGUUCUAGGUUUCAAUAGUUUUUUUUAAAAAAUAUGAAUAAGCCUAAGUCAUCUCUCAAUCUUUGUUUACUGUUUUGUUGAAGGUUAAAAUUUUGCAAAGUUCCAUUCUUUUCUUGCUUUGGUUUUUUAUAUUCUUUAGUGAAAUGGAAAGGGGUCUUCAAAGGAGGGCCUUUCUCUUUUGUUUUUUAUAUCUAGAUGGUCAGUUUCAAUGUUCUGUUUAUUGCCCAUUAUUCUUACAAAUAUGUAUUUCUCAUGAACACUUGUUAUCUGUUUGAUUUUCAUAAGAAUUCAUGGUGCUUUGUUUUGUGAA